AUGUUCGCACAGAGUCCUAACAUCCAUGUCUUUGGAUUUUUCUACUCGGACUGGGCAGAUUCUUCAGAGAACGGGCUCCCAUUCUCUCGGUUUGAGGGUGGACACCUGUGUGCUGAGGCAGAGACCCAAGUGUCAGCGCUGAGCUCAGUAAGUCUCAGUCUCAUGCUAAUUCUGUGGCUGUCCACGGCGCCCAUGACUUGGGGUCACCCAGUUCCGCUGUCAAAGGUAGCUGCAAAGCCUGACUACUUCCUCGUCCUGCUCAGCAGCUGUCCAAGCCGGAUGGAGAGGAGCGAGGGACUGAGUCUGCCAAAGCCCAUUUCGGAGAAGGCAUUUAUGAAACGGUCCUUCCGCAACGGAGUUGGCACCGGCAUGAAAAAAACUUCCUUUCGAAGAGCAAAACCCUGA